AUGAGGCAGACAGUUGAGGAGGUUGAGCCAGAGGGGGCAGGCAACGAGCGAGGGUGGAAUGGAGAGGUGGGGAGGAGGAGCAGUGAGGAGGGGAAUAGUGAGGUGCAUGAGUUGAAGGGUGAGUUGAAGGAUGAGUUGAAGAAUGUAUCAGCUGCCAUCUUUGCUGUUGUGGAGAAGGAGAGGGUAGUGGGAGCGCUGGAGCGUGAGUUGGGUGAGCUGAAGUGCCGCUUGCUUAAGGUGGAGAGUGAAAAGGAAGCGGCGGUAAAAGUGGCUGCAGAGCAGGCUGCUGCGGAGAAGGUGGGAUCAAUGGAGCGUGAGUUGGGUGAACUGAAGAAGCAUUUGCUGAAGGUGGAAGGUGAAAUGGAAGCCGCGGAGCAGGCAGCUGCGGAGAAGGUGAAUGACUUCGCGGGGGCAGUGGAGCGUGAGUUGGGUGAGGUGAAGAAGCAUUUGCUGAAGGUGGAGGGUGAACAGGCAGCUACGGUGAAAGUGGCUGCGGAAAAGGCAGAUGCAGAGAAGUUGAAUGAGUUGGUUGGAGCAGUGGAGCGUGAUUUGGGUGAGGUCAAGGGCCGUAUGAUUAAGGUAGAGGGUGAAAGGGCAGAUGCAGAGAAGGUGAUCGUGAGGGUACGGCCGGCAACAGGGUCUGAGCGGACGGAGAACCCCGGGAAGAACUGUGUUGUGCAGAACAACUCCCGGUCGCUGUUGCUGGUGAACCCGGACGGGGUCAGCGCGGCGGAGCAGUUCACAUUCGACCACGUGGCAGGGGAGAGCGCGACGCAGGAGGACCUGUUCGAGAAGGCAGGGAGGCCCAUAGUCGAGAACUUUCUUGCUGGUUACAACAGCACAAUGUUCACUUUUGGCCAGACUGGCAGCGGCAAAACACACACGCUGUUUGGAGCUGAAGUGGACAAGGCUGACAUGGACAGAUUGCUACGGGAUAAGGCUGGCGAAGUGGAGGUCAGGUCGGGAUGGGGAAUGAUUGCGCGAGUCUUCCAGCUGGUCUUCGCGCUGAUGAAACAGGAGGCAAAGCAGAGGGAGCGCGAGCAUCUGAGUUUCAACUGCUCAUGCUCCUUUGUGGAGAUAAGCGGCCAGCAAGUAAAUGACUUGCUCGACCCCAAGCGCUGCAACCUGGACAUUCGAAAGGGUCCCAGCGGUGUGUAUGUGGAGAAUCUCACCAAGAAGCCAGUCACCUGCCUUGGGCAGGUCAUGGAACUGGUUCAACGGGGAGCAAAGAACCGGAAACAGGCACCGACAAACAUGAAUCAGAACAGCAGCCGGUCGCACUGUGUGCUCUCCUGUUACAUCGAGAGCACGGUGAGUGCAGACGUUGCAGUGCUGGUGCUGGCAGGCUUGAAGGUGCAGAGUGGAACUCACGGUGACUGGAGUGUGGUGCUGGCAGGCUUGAAGGUGCAGAGUGGAACUGUGAGUGCCGCUUGCAACAUUGAUAGCACGGUGACUGGAGUGUGGCAGAAGUCAUCAGGGGCCACUGGAGAGCGGCUCAAGGAGGCGAGCUCCACCAACACGUCCCUCACCCAGCUUGGCAUUGUCAUGAGGGCAUUGGUGGAGUCACUGAGGAAGAACAAGCCUGUCUACGUGCCCUACCGCGACUCUUCCCUCACCCUCUUUCUCGAGCGGGGCAAGAGGGCAGAGCGGGGCAAGAGGGCAGAGCGGGGCAAGAGGGCAGAGCGGGGCAAGAGGGCAGAGCGGGGCAAGAGGGCAGAGCGGCGCAAGAGGGCAGAGCGGGGCAAGAGGGCAGAACGGGGCAAGAGGGCAGAGCGGGGCAAGAGGGCAGAGCGGGGCAAGAGGGCAGAGCGGGGCAAGAGGGCAGAGCGGGGCAAGAGGGCAGAGCGGGGCAAGAGGGCAGAGCGGGGCAAGGCACCGUGCCUGUCAUUCCAGGAGUCCCGCAGUACGCUCAAGUUCGCCCAAAUGGCGACGCUAAUUCGCAAUAAGCCGCUAGUGAAUGAGGCUGCAAAGGGCAACAAGGACGCUCUUAAGAAGGAAAACGUGCGGCUCAAGGUGAUGCGAUCCCUUCCCUGCUGCACUCUUCCCCCACAAUUUGAUGCAACAGUAGCAGGAACAGCAGCAGGAAGCUGUGCGGGUUGCAGCACGCACAUGCGGGUUGAGUGCAGCAGGGAAGGGAUCGCAUCACCUUGA